ACAGUGACGGGGGUGUCGCUGAUCAUCGAUGAGGACCAGUCGCCACUGCCUCCUAUGCUUCCGGCGUUGGGAGAGCAGAUCUCUUCCCUGGCAGGGCUGCAGAGUGAAAGGUUCAGACCAGAAAGUUUAACAUUGUUAUUUUUCUCAUUGUUGUCUUCACUACUCAGCUCCCAGCCGUCUAGUUUGAGACAGCUUGACCUGAGUAACAAUGACCUGAAGGACUCUAGAGUGAAAGUUUUGUCUUCUGGACUGAAAAGUCCAUAUUGUGAACUGGAAACACUCAGGCUGUCAGGCUGCCUGGUCACAGAGGAAGGUUGCAAGUCUCUGGUCUCAGCUUUUAGCUCCAGUUCUUCCCAUCUGAAAGAGCUGGACCUGAGCUACAAUAACCCAGGAGAGGCCGGAGUGAAGAUGCUUGAGCAGCUAAGACUGGACACUCUGAGGUAUGUAGAUGGCCGUUACAGCCACAAACAGUGUGUGAUAGAUGAGGAAACUGGCUCUGUCUGAUUACUUAAUGCUGGAAACCAGUGUUAUUUGAACAAUCACACAUAUAGGAACAUUUUUCCCAUUCUGGUCUAACUUAAACAGUAGAUGU